AUGGUCAACAUAACCAGCGUCGACCUGCUACAUCUGGCUAGCAGCAUCCCAUAUGCAUAUCAGCUCCAAAGCAUUGCCAAUGCUUCCAUCGAUCACAUCUCCUUCAUAUCGUACAACGAGACCUUCAUCACCGACAUCCUCGGCACAAAUGUCUCGCAGCAAUUGGUAGCGCAAACAGACUGGGUCGCUUUCCACGAAGCCGGCGUCUAUAACAUCAAGACCGGCAAGCUCUACGCCACCAGCAACUGGGCCGGUAACAUCUCGAACCCCGUCAACGUCACAGCUAUCGACAUCAACAACAACAACUCCAUCUCUUCGAUCCGUUAUGAUGGUCUGGCCGAGGCGAACGGAGGCGCGGCUUUCUACCCUGUAGGUAGCUCGGCGAAUAGCAGCGAAGGCCAGCAGAUCGUCUUCUGCGACGAAGGCGACUUUACGAAUCCGGCGGGACUUGUCCUUGUUGAUCCCGCGACGAAUAAGACGAGUACGCUCGUUAAUAACUUCCUGGGUCGGAAUUUCACCUCGAUCAAUGAUGUGGAGCAGCAUUAUGGUACCGGGGAUCUGUGGUUUACUGAUGUUCCUUAUGGUUACUGGCAGUACUUUCGUCCGACCCCCGUAAUCCGCUACCAAGCCUACCGUUUCGAGCCCAAGACGGGCGUCAUCCAGGCCGUGGCAGACGGCUUCAAUGCACCCAAUGGUAUCGAGUUCUCGCCUGACUUCAAGCACGUGUAUAUCACCGAUACCGGCUCUCACACUUUCCCGAAUAAGGACAAUCUGACUGAUCCGGCCACGAUUUAUCGGUUCGAUGUCACGCCGGAUGGGAAGAGGUUGGAGAACCGCCAGGUGUUCGCUUAUAGCGAUGUUGGAUUUCCGGAUGGGAUUCAUACUGAUACUCAGGGAAAUGUCUAUUCGGGGUGCGGGGAUGGUAUUCAUGUGUGGAAUCCGGAGGGGGUGUUGCUUGGUAAGCUCGCGGUGGCUAAUGGUGGUGUCAAUAACUUUGCCUUUGUGCCGGAUGGGAUGUACAUUUUCAAUGCGCAGAACCUGUUCAAGGUUACGCUGAAGGCUGAGGGGAGGACGGUCAAGCGGGAUUUUGGUCUGUAUGAGAAGGGUGGAUAUGGUGGUCGGUGGUAG